AUGGAUGAUCACCGACCCCUCACAUCACCAGUUAAGGAAGAGAGAAGAACACCGGAGAGAUGUCCCAGUCCUCUUCUUCCACAGGAUGGUUCAGAAGAACAUUACAAUGUCCCACAGGAUGAUCAGGUAGUUGGAGAUAAGGGCAUCAAGAUGGAGGAUCACCAGCUUCUCACAUCACCAGUUAGAUCCAGUAAGAUGACAACGCCGGAGAGAUGUCCCAGUCCUCUUCUUUCACAGGAUGGUUCAGAAGAACAUCACAAUGUCCCACUGGAUGAUGAUCAGCUUGUGAAUCCAGGUGAAUAUCUGAACAUUAUAUAUGUUACAGACACAUAUGAGAGGGGUGAUGAGCAGAUUAGAGAGGAUAUUCCUACAGAUAUCCGCCCAGGUGACUGUAACAGGAGCUCAGGAGAACAUCUGGUGUCUCCACAUUUUAAAGCAGAUGAUCAUGUCACACAAGAUACCUAUGAAAAACAUGCCAUUAUCACAGGUGUACCCUCUGACAUUCACAGCAAAAAUCCAUCAUAUGAUGCUAUGAAACACAUGGAGGAGAAGCCAUUUUCAUGUUCAUAUUGUGGGAAAUGUUUCAAUCAGAAAUCAGAUCUUGUUAGACAUCAGAGAAUUCACACAGGGGAGAAGCCAUAUUCAUGUUCAGAAUGUGGGAAAUGUUUUAGAAACAGAUCACAUCUUUUGAAACAUAGGCAUAUUCACACAGGAUUGAAACCACAUUCAUGUUCUGAAUGUAAGAAAUGUUUUACCCAGAAGUCGGCGCUUGUUAUGCAUCAAAGAACUCACACAGGAGAGAAGCCAUUUUCAUGUUUAGAAUGUGGGAAAUGUUUUACUUGGAAAUCAGAUUUUGUUAGACAUCAGAGGAUUCACACAGGGGAGAAGCCAUAUUCAUGUUCAGAAUGUGGGAAAUGUUUUACUCAGAAGUCAGCGCUUGUUAUGCAUCAAAGAUCUCACACAGGGGAGAAGCCAUUUUCAUGUUUAGAAUGUGGGAAAUGUUUUUCUUGGAAAUCUGAUUUUCUUAGACAUCAGAAAAGUCACACGGGGGAGAAGCCAUUAUGAUGUUCUUAAUGCAGGAAAUGUUUUAACUGGAAAUCAAAUUUUGUUAGACCAAGAAAAUGUACACAAGGGAAAAGCUAUUUUUGUGUCCUGAAUGUGGGAAAUGUUUACCCACAAAUCACAUCUUUCUAAACAUCAAAAAAGAACUCACACAGGGGAGAAGCCAUUUUUUUCCGUUAAACUAAAGAAAAAAUAUCACUUACAGUCAAGGUAAAGUCAUGUCACACAAGAGAAAGGGAAAUCAGUUAAAAUUCAUAAAUGAUGAUUAUGAAAUCUAUGUAAUUACCAAUCAAUGUCACUUAUCCAAAAAGCAAAUAGAAUCCAGAUAACUCACCUGUAUAUCCACCAUGUGCAGAGAAUAUUUUACAUUCAUUUAUUUAACUGAAUAUUAAAACUUGUUUCUAAUUAUUAAAAUUUUUUGCUUUAAAACUUG